AUGAGUGCUUUUGCAGAACCAAGUAACUAUUUCAAUGCUAAUAAUCAAAUUAAUAAGUAUCAUCUUGAUCAUUCUACAUUCGAUUUAAUGGAUGUAGAUCGAUUUCAUAAUACUGAUGGUAAAACGGUUUUUUCCUAUGUCAUGACUUGGAUUCUUAUGAUUCUUUCUUGGGUCUUAUUGGGAGUUGAUAUGUAUACUUGUCUUACGAUUUUGGUAUUCCAUAAAUGGUCUAAUGAUAGUUAUAAACCUUAUGCUUAUUCGGUAGCUAAAUGGAUUUUCACCGGUUGUAUUAUAUUUGAAUUUUGUUUACUUUUGUAUCAUUGGAUUUGGGCAAUUCAUACUUAUAGAACAAGAAAUAUUGCCUUGGCUUACGUUAAUAAGAUUUGUCGCUUAAUGUAUGUGGUAAGAUCUUAUAAUUAUCAUUGUUUAUUUCAUAAGAUUGAACAAGAAAACUUUUUCGAUUGGGCUUGUUUCCUAACUUAUCAUGAAAUCGAUAAUGCUCCCCAAAUUUUGUUGGCUGACACUCCAAGGCAAGUUAUUAAUAUCUUAACCUUGAGAUAUUAUGCCACUAAUGGUGAAACUUCCAAUGAUAUCGUUUCAAAUAUUAAAGAUAUUGCUGAUACUAAUAUUAUUUUAAGUAUCGUUCUUUCCUUCAUGUUGUUAUCAGUGGCUAUUUGGUCAAUUUUCUUUUUCAAAUUCGUAUUUGGUAUGCUCUUAUACAUUCCGGUUAAGGCUAAGUUAAGAAAUAAGAAAUUUAAAUCAUUGAAAAAAUAUUGUUGUACCGUGGUUAAUGAUAAUGUUAGAACCUUGGUUUUCACUAAUCAUAAACCUAAAAAUGAAUUACUUGAAAAAGGUAUUCUUGAUCUUAAAGAUAUUAAUGCCAAUCCUUUAUUAUCUUCAUCAACUACUAAUUUAUCUACUUAUAACCCUGAUCAAAAUAAAUCUUCCGUGGAUGGAUUUCCUUAUAGAGGUAUUCCUCAUUCAGGUUCUUCUUCUUCUUUAGUUCCAAAAAAUUACCUGGAUGAUAAUCAAUCUUAUCGUUAUAAUGAUAAUAAAAAAUUAUAUAAUAUAGCUAAGAAUGGCUCCUCAGUUAGAAAUCCUUCUUAUGAGUCGUUACCUCUUGAUAAUUUGAAAUCAAGAAAUAUCCCUUAUUCAUCCUCUAAUUUAAGAAAUGUUUAUUCAAAUCCAAACAACUCAUCGCAUUCAUUGAAAAAUCCAUUUGAUGAUUUCAAUAAAUCUUUGGAAAACUUAACCCAACCUCCAAAAGCUCAAACAACAACUAGAAAAGCUCCUCCU